AUGGCGUCCGAAAUGAAGAAGGUUCCCAUUCCUCGCAAUGGCGUUGACUACAGGGGUAAAAUCGUUCUUGCGCCGAUGGUUCGUUCCGGAGAGCUACCUUCGCGACUCACAGCCCUUCACUACGGAGCUGAUUUAGUAUGGGGCCCUGAGACGGUGGAUAGGUCCCUAAUUGGCACUACAAGGCGAUACAACCCUGACACCAGAACAAUCGAGUGGUUAAGGAAACCGUCGCAGGGUGGGAAAACCCCACCGGCCGACGUAAAAGACAGCGUAAUCUACAGGAUACACCCGGAAAAGGAAGGGAAGAAAUUAAUAUUCCAAAUCGGUACUUCGAAUCCCGACCUGGCAGUCCAAGCAGCGCGGCUCGUAGCUGCCGACGUCGCCGGCAUCGAUGUAAACGCUGGCUGCCCAAAGCCCUUCAGCACCCAUGACGGGAUGGGUGCAGCCUUACUCCGAACUCCAGAUAAGCUGGUAUCCAUUUUGGAAGCGCUGGUACAGAACAUUAUGCCCGAAUUCGGGAUCGGGAUCAGCGUAAAGAUCCGAAUCUUGGAGACCGCGGCGGAGACGGAAGCCCUAGUUAGAAGACUCGUCGCGACGGGGAUAACAGGCCUCACAGUGCACUGCCGAACCACGCCCAUGCGGCCCAGGGAGCGUGCUAUCCGCGGCCAACUACGCAUGAUCGCCGGCGUGUGCCACGAAGCCGGCGUCGCAUGUCUGAUGAACGGCGAUGUGGAGACCAGAGACCAAGCCCUCGCGCUAAUCCAAGAAUACGGCGUUGACGGUGCCAUGAUAGCAACGCAAGCAGAAAAGAACCCAAGUUGCUUCCGGAGCAAGGAUGAGGGUGGUAUGGUGCCAUGGGACGAGGUUGUGGAGCAGUACAUUCGGUACGCACUCGAGGUCGAGAACAAAUUUGGCAAUACCAAAUUCCUGCUCUGCCAGCUGAUCCCCGGGAAGCAGCCCGCGUAUCGAAAUAUCAGUAGCUGCAAGAGCUACACGAAGAUAUGCGAGCUGCUCAGCUACGAACACCUGAUGGAGCGAGCCCGCGAAGUCGACAUGAAUCUAGGCAUCGACCCGGAAAGCUCGGGGAAGAAGAAUAAGAAGAUUAACGACAGUGCGCUCGCCGCAGGGGGUAACAUGGCUGAAUCGCGAGCAAAGCCCCAGGCUAAGAAAGGCUUGGCAGAACGGGGCGUGAAUGCGCAGACAGAGAUACAGGCAGCCGAAACGAAGUCGUUUGAAAGUGUAGCAGUGCCUGUUUAA